CCCCAAAGAGAAGAGGUGCUGGGCAAAAGUCGGUGCAGCCCAGCACUCCGUCUCCGCUCCCCCAGCUCUCCGGCCAGGACCCUACGUCCCCAGCCUACACCUGUGCCCAGGGCUGGCGAGGAGCCUCAGCUCCAUUCUUUUGGUGGAAAACAUGACAGCUGGGAGUGUUGGAGCCCGGGGUUUGGUUAGUGUGGAGGAGUUCCCAGCUUUGGUUGAACAGCCGAUUCUACUGAAGGUGGAUGAGGCAGCUGGCGUCAGUGGGGAGUGUGCCCAGGGGCUGGUGGGGAGCCUGGCAGGGUGAGGCCCUGGGUGAGCAUGUGGAGGAGAGCGGGAUGGGUGCCUGAGGACAGCUGCUGUGCCACCGGCCCCUUGCCAUCCUGGGCCCAGCCUGCAUCCUGUGUGGCUGGGCAUGUUGCGCCAGGACCCACUUCAGAGCAGUGUGGGGACCCCGACGGCUAGGAGGGUGUGUUAGCAGCUGGGUUGGUUCCUAGACACAAAGACUUCGGAGCCCAGACCAGGGCGGCAGCAGGAAAGUCCCCACGGACCCUGCCUUCCGUCACAUCUUCCCAAAUGGCAGUGCCCAUUCCCUCUGGGAUGUGAUCACCGUGCCGUCCAGUGACACUGGAGCCCUCGGCUCACGGCCCUGGAGUGGGAUCUGCCAUCCUGUCGUGGGCAGUGCAGCACAGCGGUGGGAGCCAAGGGCAGGGGGAUGCACAGGUGAACUGGUGUGUGUGCCUGGUCCUGAGGCCCUGGUGACCUCCAGUCUGGUACCCAAGAGUCAGCCACUUGUGACCCAGCUGCUGUACUCCUGCUCCCGUGACUACCCUGUCAAGGGAGGGUGAGACACGUGUGUCUGUGCCCUGGGUCAUGGACUCAAGGCUGUGUUCAGGUGCCUUGGCCCAGACCUAUGGUCUCCCUGCAGAGCCCGUGAUCUGAGUUCAGUGGACAGGGUGGAGCCAGCCCCUGCCAGGCCCUCUUCAGACCUGGCUUCCCUCCCACGGCCUCGGGGCCGCACGGGCAGUGCCACUGUCUCCCCGUGGAGCACCUCAAGCAGGGAACCUGCUCCCCACACAAACCUGCUGGAGGGGCAGCCAGCAUCCAGGUUUCUGUGCACUUUAGGUCACCCGUGGGCAGGUGCCAGCCCCUUGACCAGGCAUGCACAGCUGCAGGCAGCAGAGACCAGCCUUGCCAGAGGGGCAGGCAGGGAGGAGGGCUGCUUCAGAGUGGAGCACUGCACGUCAAGACCCUCCAGCUCACCCUCAAAAGAAACCGUGUGGCAAAUGCAGGCUUCUCGCUGCUGAUGGGCCACAGGUUUGAAGGCUGGAGGACCUUCCUCCCUCCAUUGCCCGGAGCUCCCCACCCCAGGACCCCCACUGCACUCAGAAGCUUGGGACGGUGGUCUCUCCUUCCGCCUCUCGCGGCUGCUGUCUGGUCCCAGCGUGGCCCUGCCUCCAGGCUGGGGAUUUCCUGCAGGUGGGCCAGGCCACGCAACUCUCACCUGUGUGGUUAGCGGGUGGGGAUUUCCAGCCCCUCCCCUCCACGCAUCCUGCAGGGGUGGGGAACUCCACUUGCAAUUUUUAAAAUUAAUUUGGGAAUAGAUAAUCUUUCAUGGCACAGUUUAAUAGGUACAGAAGGGACAUAGGGAACCCUCCCAGUCCUUACCCAACCCAUUUUCUUCAAGGCAAGAGUGGUAUCAGAAGGGUGUCCACAUGUAAGAAAAGGAAGUAUGUGCUCGGUGUGGUGGCCAUGCCUGUAAUCUCAGUGACUCUGGAGGCUGAGGCAGGGAAGUUCAAGUGCCCACGUUCAAGCCCUUAUAGCCACAUCCUGCAAGGAAAAACCCCAGACUCGGGUGAACGCAGAGAUGAGGACGUGCGUGGGGGCUUGGGAGCCCGCCACCCUUCUGCUCCUGGGGCUUGUGCUUGGAGCCAGGGCUGUGCUGAACUGUGUCGGAAACACCUAUCCCAACGGCCACAGGUGCUGCCAAGAGUGCCAGCCAGAGGACCUGGCCUGGCCUAAAAAGGGAGGUACGGGUCUGUGCAGCCCAGAGGAGCGGCCGGCUGCGUGCCCACAGGCCGGCCUGGGUCAGCCUGCCAAUGUGCCGAGCUCUGCUGCAGGCAGUGGGAUGGUGAGCCGCUGUGAAGGACCCAGGGACACCGUGUGCCUCCCCUGCGGCCCCGACUCCUACAACGAGGCGGUCAACUACGAGGCCUGCAAGCCCUGCACACAGUGCAACCAGACCUGGGCAGGCCCAGCCUCCUCCACAGCCCCACCUGCACCCCCAGGAAGUGGGAGUGAGCUCAAGAAGAAGUGCACGCCCACGCAGGACACCGUCUGCAGCUGCAGGCCGGGCACUCAGCCCCUGGGUGGCUUUAAGCAUGGAGUCGGGUCUCCCCGUCGGGCUGGACCAGGAAUCCCUCCCCCAGGAGUCACAUCAAGAGUGGGGCUCCCUGUCAGCUCCCUGGUCAGGGCCAGCGAGCAGAAUGCAGCAGGGGUCUUCCAGAGGCCUUCCACCCGCCCGCUUGCCCCGUGGGGUGAGCGCCAGCCCCACAGGCCCCAACUCCAGGUGCCUCCUGGGUCAGGGCUCACCUGCGUAGUCUUUGCUGCAGACUGUGCCCCCUGCCCUCCUGGCUACUUCUCCCCAGGCGACAACAAGGCCUGCAGGCCCUGGACCAACUGCACCUCGACUGGGAGGCGCACCCUACAGCCAGGCAGCAGGAGCUCAGACACCCUCUGCGAGAACAGGACUUCCCCCGGAACACUGCCCUGGGAGACCCAGGGCCCCACAGCCAGGCCCACCACUGCCCCGGCCACUGUAGCCCUGCCCGGGACUUCUCUAGGGCCCUCCACACCCCCCUCAGAGGCCCCCAGGGGUCUCCCGCUGGCUGCUGUCCUGGGCCUGGGCUUAAGCCUCCUGGCCCCUCUGGCUGCCCUACUGGCCCUGCACCUGCACAGAAGGGCCUGGAGGCCACCCGGUGCCCCCAAGCCUCCCGCUUCCGGACCCCCAUUCAAGAGGAGCAAGCUGAUGCACACUCCACCCUGGCCAAGAUUUGAGCAGCAUCUUGGGGGUGGGCUUUGUGGGGCAGUCCACCCACCAGUACCCUCCACACCGUUCUAGGUGCUGGGCUGGUUCUGGGCUCUCCUACGUAUGUUGUGCAUACUACCUGCCCAGCGGCACCCCAAUAAACACACCAGCAACUGUGG